GGGAACCGAGAAACCAGACGACAACAAAAAGCGCACGAGACAUCACAGACGGCAGGAAGCGUCUCUUGUUGUGUUUAAAGAUUUACUGCAGCUCUACCAUGCCCGUGGCCUCCACCAGGACAGAGCCUGUGCCCCAAGUGUUGGACGCAAUGAGCGACAGCACGGCCAGCUCCACCACAGCCAAUGACCUGGACCUCAUUUACCUCAAAGGCAUCAUGGAAAGCCCUCUGGAGCAAGAGGAGAGCCUGAAGGAGCCACGGUUGUCACCCGUGAGGGAGAAUAAUGUGGAGCUCCUGCAGGAGAUCCUGAGAGACCUGGACCCAUUCACCAAUCGUUCUGACACCGCAGCCGAGCUUGCUCGCAUUCUCACGCAGCCUCACUUCCAGUCUCUGCUGGAGACACAUGAUUCAGUGGCAGCUCAAGCAUGUGAAAGUCCACCUCCCAGCCCAUGUGACUUUGUGGAUCAUGAACCAGAAGACAGCCAAGCACACAACCACCUUCCACCUGAUGCCAUCCGCAUGGUGGGCAUACGUAAAAUAGCCGGGGAGCAUCUGGGUGUGACAUUCAAGGUGGAGGGUGGGGAGCUGGUGAUAGCUCGUAUUCUUCAUGGUGGGAUGAUAGACCAACAAGGGCUGCUGCACGUCGGCGAUAUCAUCAAAGAGGCGAAUGGACGAGAAGUGGGCAGGGACCCCAGGGUUUUACAGGAAGAGCUGCAAGCAGCUAGUGGAAUUGUGGUUCUGAAGAUACUGCCAAGUUAUCAUGAAUCCAUACCACCUGUACAGGUAUUCUUUAAGUGUCACUAUGAUUAUGACCCAGCCAACGACAACCUGAUUCCUUGCAAGGAGGCGGGGUUAAGGUUUGAGACCGGGGAUAUCCUGCAAAUAGUCAAUCAGGAUGAUGUCAACUGGUGGCAGGCACGUCAUGUGGAAGGUGGGAGUGCUGGGUUAAUCCCUAGUCAGAUGCUUGAGGAAAAAAGGAAAGCUUUUGUCAAGAGAGAUGUGGAGCUGGCACCUGCAGGAAAUCUGUGUACUGGUGUUGGAGGAAAGAAGAAGAAGAAGAUGAUGUAUGUGACCACCAAAAAUGCAGAGUUUGACAGACAUGAGAUACUGCUCUAUGAGGAGGUGGCCAAGGUCCCACCUUUCAAGAGGAAAACUCUGAUUCUGAUAGGUGCUCAAGGUGUGGGGAGGCGGAGACUAAAGAAUAAGCUUCUACUGAGGGAUCCACAGCUCUUUGGGACCAUAAUUCCAUACACCUCCAGAAAACCCAAAAAGGGAGAGCGAGAGAGUCGGAUGUUUGCUUUCACUACCCGCAGCAAAAUGGAAACAGACAUCAAGAACGGGCGCUAUCUAGAACAUGGAGAGUAUGAGGGCAACCUGUACGGCUUGAAGAUCGACUCCAUACAUGAGGUGGUGGAGGCAGGGCGGGUCUGCAUACUGGACGCCAACCCUCAGUCUCUCAAAGUUCUGCGGACCUCUGAGUUCUUGCCCUACAUCGUGUUCCUUCAAGCUCCAGAGUUCGAGGUGCUCAAGGCCAUAAAUCAGUCAGCUGCAGAGGCAGGGGUCGUCACCAAGACGCUGAUGGAUGAAGAGCUGCAGAGGACGUGCGAUGAGAGUGCUAAAAUCCAGACAGCUUAUGGUCACUACUUUGACCUCAGCAUUGUCAACGACAACCUCGACGAGACAUACCGCACCGUCAAAGCAGCGCUGGAAACGGUUUCCAAAAACCCCCAGUGGGUCCCGGUCACCUGGGUGUUCUAGAAAGAGACGUGCUGGACUGAGGAGGGAGGGAACAAGAAAGGAAGCAGGCACUGAAAAUAUUCCACUGAGUAUAAAUGAUGCGUAAUAACUUUACAGGAUAACUUCUCAAAUUUCCAUAAUUUAAACAGGAUAUAUUUUCAGUGCUGCAAAGAAAGCGUGGAAUUGAAGAAGGAAAGAGAUGAACGAGGAGGUGGAAAAACCCCUUCAUUUCAAAAAGUGUGCAUAUGCAUGUGUGUUCCUGUUUACAUAGAGACUUCAGAGCAAAGACAUGUGCCAUUACUGAUGAUUAUCAUCAGACAUUGUCAUUGUUUACAUUUUUUGCAUUUAAUCAGUGCCAUCUCAGUGCAACUCAGUGCCAUUAGGAACAAGCAAGCUCCAUCUUUCACUUUUGUAAGUGUACAGUUUCUCACCAUGAAAUCAAAAAUUGUUUCCCACUGCCUUCUACAGUAAAUGUGGAUGUUUUGCAUAAAGGUUAAGUUGUAUAAGGUUUCCUAUCAAUCCCCUCACACCCAUGGGUAAAGCUUUUUUCAGGUUAAGUCUGGUGAGGCCGUCAUAAUCUUUAAAAAAUGUCUCUUGUUCUGGAGUUGGUUGAAAAGUGAAAGGACAUCUCUUUCAGGCUUUUAAAAAGAUUUGAUUUCAAUUUUUAUUGGUUAGAGACACUAAUCACUGAGCAAUAGCAUCUAAAUGGUACAUGACCAUCAGUGGCAAUAAUAGAUUCAAUUUGUUUGAAAAGUCAAAGUUAACAUCACAUCCAGACCAGGGGUCUCAAACUCCAGUCCUCGAGGGCCGGUGUCCUGAACCACGUAUACCUGUUGCAACAUAACUGAAUACAAUUAGUAGGUCAUUAGCAAGAGUAUAGCACUU